UGAAUUAUAUCAAUUAGGAUAUAGGGCUCAGCCCACAAACCUGUAUGACUCCCGUCAUUGUCUACAUUUAUAAAAUAAAAAUAUAAUUAUUAUAAUGAAUUAUACGAUUUUUAUAUACAUAUAUUGUUUUAUUCUAAUAUCAAAUAUUCCAAACUUCCAAAGUUCCAAAAUUACAAAACAUGAAAAAUUAAGGUUUUUCUUUCAAAAGAUUCAUAAAAGAGAAAUAAAGAGAAUGAAUUUCAUUUUUAAAGUAUUCGGAUUGGUUGGAUUUGAUUGGAGAAGAAUGAUAAGAAUGAUACAAAGAAUUUAUGUAUAUUAUCUUUUUAUCUUAUACUUUAUUGGUUAUUUAAACUCGGAUUAUGAUCCGAAUUCAUUUUAGAUAAGGAUAUUCCGGAUCAUCAAAUUACACAGAUCACCUUUUUUUAGCGAGUAUUUUUUUAAUGACG